GCUCUCCUACUCUGGUCUACAUCGACAUCGAAGUACGAAGUAUGGGACCGAUAUCAGAAGUAGAAAUGAGCUAUUCAAUGGACUGCUACUUUCGACAGAGCUGGAUCGACAGAAGAUUAGCUUUUACUGGAUCCAUGGCAACCCUUGCUCUCUCCAUUUCCAUGCUUGAGAGGAUCUGGCGGCCUGACACAUAUUUUUACAAUGGAGAGUAUUCCUAUCUUCAUACAAUCACCUCGCCCAACAAAUUCAUGCGUCUCCAUCAAAAUGGGAAAGUACUUUAUUCAUCGAGAUUAACAAUAAAAGCCGACUGUCCAAUGAAUCUUGAGAACUUUCCAAUGGAUAUGCAACGUUGUCCGCUUCGAAUAGGGAGCUUUGCUUAUUCUACAAUGAAUGUGGUGUACAAGUGGAAUCCCGUUAGAAGAGUAGUUAUCCACCCAGAUAUGAAGAUGUCGCAGUUUGACCUAAUCGAUACUCCCAGUGGUAACAUGACAGACCGCUUGAGACACAGUCUUUUCUCCGUGCUCGUGGCCAGUUUUCAUCUCCAGAGACACAUGGGGUACUUCCUUAUCGAGGUGUAUGCUCCGUGUACUAUGCUUGUCGUCCUUUCUUGGGUUUCUUUCUGGAUCAACAGAGAGGCCACAGCUGAUAGAGUUGCUCUUGGUGUUACAACGGUGUUGACAAUGACGUUUCUUGGCCUCGAAAGCAGAAACGACCUUCCUCGAGUUUCUUACUGCACUGCCCUAGACUAUUACGUGGCUAUAAGUUUCUUCUUCGUCUUUGCUACAAUAGCAGAGUUUGCUAUCGUUCACUGUUACACCAAGGUAGGCAGCGGCGAAUACGUUCCACAAGCAAAGCCCGAAGAUGACGACUCGUUAACUGAUGAAUGGGAGUCGGAAGAAGAAGUUGAAGAACCUGUGAAUGACAAUCCUGAAUGUUUCUCGUCGUUAGACAACUUCCCCAGGGAUUCAAGCUUCGCACAGCACAUGGUCCACCGAUCUUUGGGAAGAAACGGGCCUCAAAACGGUCGCAUGGUACAAAGAGUCCCUCCUCGUAGAAGGUUUACUCUCCAACAAAAAGUGUCAAUACACUUGAAUAGCGUUAGUAAGAUCGACAAGAUUUCAAGAGGGAUAUUUCCUUUGUCAUUUCUGAUAAUCAACCUGAUAUACUGGUAUACAUACCUCGGUCCAGAUGAUUCUUCAUAA